UCAAAAACUCCAACUGAAGAAGAAAAGGAGCUGGAGCUGAAGAAGAGAUAAUAGAAGAAGAAGAAGAAGAGGAGGAGGAGGGAGACGAUAAAGAAAAAGCAGACACAAAGACAGUCGAUCAUGAUUCACUCAAAUCACUCCAUCCACUCAGUCUUCUGCUGCUGCUGCUGUGCAGUUCAGACCAGGGAGAUCAGCACCCGCAUGGAGCUGGAGGGGAGAACCUCCCUGUGUUUCCAGAGCAGACGACAGCCGGGUCACGCCUGCCGGGUCGACAGGUCGAGGAGGAAGCUCCCUCUUCCUCCUCCUGAGGAUGAGGAUGGUGAAGGAGCGGGGAUGCUGAACGUCGUCGCCAUGUAUGACUUCAGCGCCAAGGAGGACACUGACCUCACACUCAAGCAGGGGGAGGAGUACGUCAUCCUGCACAAACAGGACCAGCUGUGGUGGCGAGCGCAGGACAAACACGGGAACAAAGGCUUCAUCCCCAGUAACUACGUGACAGAGAAAAACAGAAUCGAGGCAAACUCGUGGUACUGUAAGAACAUCACCAGGUCAGAAGCUGAGCAGCUGCUGAGACAGGAGGACAAAGAGGGUGGGUUUGUGGUGCGGGAGUCCAGCGAGAAGGGAGUCUACACCGUCUCCGUUUACACCAAGACAUUAAGCACUAGCGGAGAUAUUAGGCAUUACCAGAUCAAACUCAGCGACACCGGACAAUUCUUUUUGGCUGAAAAACACACCUUCAACUCCAUACCGGAUGUCAUACACUACCAUGAACACAACGCGGCAGGUCUUGUGACGAGGUUGCGAUAUGCAGUGGGGCCAAUGGGAAGGUGUGUACCUGCUACAUCAGGAUUCAGCUCAGAAAAGUGGGAGCUCAACCCCAGCGAGCUGACCUUCAUGAAGGAGCUGGGCAGCGGGCAGUUCGGUCUGGUGAGGCUCGGCAAGUGGAGGUCUCAGCACAGAGUGGCCAUCAAGGCCAUCAGAGAGGGAGCCAUGUACGAGGAGGACUUCAUCGAGGAGGCCAAGGUCAUGAUGAGACUGUGCCACCCUAAACUGGUGCAGCUGUAUGGAGUCUGCUUGAAACAGCGCCCCCUGCUGAUCGUGGCCGAGUUCAUGGAGAACGGCUGCCUGCUGAACUUCCUGCGGCAGAAGGGUGGAGGUGUGAAGGAGGCGUGGCUUCUGUCCAUGUGCCAGGACGUCUGCGAGGGGAUGGAGUACCUGGAGUCUCAUAGUUUUAUCCACAGAGACCUGGCGGCCAGGAACUGUCUGGUUAACGAGCACAACGUGGUGAAGGUCAGCGACUUUGGGAUGACCAGGUACGUUCUAGACAACCAGUACACCAGCUCCAGCGGUGCCAAGUUCCCUGUGAAGUGGUCUCCUCCUGAGGUUCUCCACUACAGUAAAUACAGCAGCAAGUCUGACGUCUGGUCCUUCGGUGUGGUGAUGUGGGAGAUCUACUCGGAGGGUCGGACUCCGUUUGAAAACCGCUCCAACUUGGAAGUGGUUAAUGAUAUCACCAGAGGGAUCCGGCUGUACCGACCACACCGAGCCUCACAGCCGCUGUACGCCAUCAUGUACCGCUGCUGGCACGAGAAGCCUCAGGGUCGGCCGCCUUUCUCUGAGCUGCUGGAGGAAAUCAGGAAAUUGGCAGAAAAUCCAGAUUAACAGAUGCAUACACAAACACGUACCAUUGCUGACUUUCAAACUAUUUUUCACUGUUUUCAUAAAUGUACACAGAGUGUGAUUUGUUAUUGUAAAUAUUUAUUUUUUCAUUAAAAUAUUUUCAGAUAACUUG